AUGGCAAUCCUCAGCAAGGCCCUGACCCUCCCUCUCCUAUUCAUUUUCUCUCUCCCGGUCACCAUCUUCGCGGUCUUUACAACCUGUCUCGCUGUUUCAGUCCUCUUGUUUCGAUUCACAUUGAUUUACAUUGACCUGGCCGUCGCCGCGAUCCCGCAUUAUCUACUCGGCGGCAGCACUGCGCCGAAAUUGAUCCAUCCUGUACAUACAAAUGGCCAACACUCCCUUCCCUCACCACCUCAGCCCUCGUAUCGACGACGAAAACGCCGCACUUCUUCGAGUUCGUCGUAUAGUGUCGCAGGUUCAAUCACACCCACACUGACGCAAUCCAUGACUGACCCCCAAGACAUCCUCACCAGUCCCAGUUCGUACAUUGGUCUCAAUACAUCGAUUGGUCCAAGUCGGGACUUUGAAGGCGUUGGAGGAUGGAGACUCGAUAACCAAAGUGAGGAAGAGGAAGGUCUCUGGACGAAGAUCAACUCCAGGCUUGAGUUACCCGCCGAUCAUGGACGGAGACAUAAGAGGAGUAUGACAUCGGGUAGUUUACCUUCAACCAUUAAUCCAUUUGGCGGUGCUUUGGGGAUGGCGGAAGUGAAGAGAGGAAGGAAGGACGAGGAGACACCGGGCAUGGCAAUGAACACUGGCAGAGCGAGAACUCCGCCUACGACCAACCUUGGUGGUGCUGGUGCUGGACAAGAAAAAGAUGCUUUUGAGAAGGGGGUGUUCAUGAUGAGUGGCGGGAAGGGGAAAACAAAUGGUAAUGGGAGUGGAGGGAGCAGCGGAAGCUCCAAGAGUUCGGGGAGUAUGAAGGGGCGGUGA